CGGCUCCUUUACGUCUGACGUCACAGCGUCAGCUGGCCGAAUGUUUACAUCCAGCGGUGGCGUGUUUCGGUCUGGAUCCCCGCAACAACAGGAGGCUGAUCGCGAGGGACCCCGCGGAGACGGAGAACAUCGGUCGCCAUUUCCACCAGUGAACAUGGGGGGAGCUGUGAGUGCCGGUGAGGACAAUGACGACUUGAUUGACAACCUGAAGGAGGCGUACUACAUCCGCUCAGACCUGGUGGAGCGGGCCUUUCGAGCCAUCGACCGGGCGGACUAUUACCUGGACGAAUACCGGGACAAUGCCUACAAGGACUUAGCAUGGCGGCAUGGAAAGAUCCACCUGUCUGCUCCGUGUAUCUACUCUGAGGUGAUGGAGGCUUUGGACCUCCACCCUGGCCUCUCCUUCCUCAACUUGGGCAGUGGGACCGGCUACCUCAGCACCAUGGUCGGCCUCAUACUGGGGCCCUUCGGAGUGAAUCACGGAAUAGAGUUGCACGCAGAUGUGAUUGAUUACGCUUACCAGAAGCUCGACACCUUCAUCAAAACCAGCGACAGCUUUGACAAAUUUGAAUUCUGCGAGCCGUCCUUUGUUGCGGGUAAUUGCCUGGAGAUUCCCCCCUCGGAGAGCCGGCAGUACGACCGCGUGUACUGCGGGGCCGGGGUUCAGAAGGAGCACGAGGACCACAUGAAGAACCUGCUCAAGCUGGGAGGUGUUCUGGUGAUGCCUCUCGAGGAGAAGUUGACCAAAAUCACCCGAACGGGACCAAACAGCUGGGAGACCAAAAAGAUUAUUUCUGUGUCCUUCGCCCCUCUGGUCCUCCCUAAACACGGCGCCAGUCGCAAACCCAAGAGCGCCCCACUACCUAAGUACGAGGUCCGGACGCUACAGGAGCUCACGCGCAUCUGCAUCCGUCACACGCUGCGGGUGACCACGGACGCCGCCGACAGCCAGUCGCGCGGCCGCGGCGCCUCGUUCAGCGUCGGCAGGGGCCUGGCGGUGGCCGGGCUUCAUAAGUACGGCCCCCGCUUCAAACGCAGGCGCGUGCACCGCCGUCACUGCAACGCCCUCGUGCUGGCCACGCGGCAGGUCGUCGCUAGCGGCGGCAUCGGCCCCGCCCCCCCGGACGGGAAUGACAGCCAGCGAGGGAGAGCGGAGGAAGAGGAGGAGGAGGGGGCCGGAGAGAGGGACGCGAGGCGGCAGAUCAGGGGCAGCCGGAGGGCCGGGAGGGGGGCGGUGAGGGUGGUGGAGGAGGAGGAGAUGGUUGAGGAGGAAGAGGAGGAGGAGGAGGAGCAGCAGGAAGGGGGGGAGGAGGAGAAAGAGACCGGGGAGCUUCUCCGGCCCCAGCCGGCCGUGAACGUCCUCAGAGAGAGGAUCCUGGGCCUGCCGCUGCCCGAGCCUCUGAAGAUGUACCUGCUGUUCUACAGAGAGAAGUGAGCCAGACGACGCGCCCCCACCUCACCGACCCCCGCCUCGCUCCGCCUGCACCACCUCGCCCUGCCAGUCCUUCGCUUAGCCCCGACUCCACGGUUCUUUACUUGAUCCUUUCUAGACUUGAUGGAGAGUCAGCUCCAUUGUUCCAGGGGUGAUUAUUCAAACCGCUAAACAGUCACUGAUGUAAAGUGUGUGUCUCCAUUGAGGUGCAAAAUAAAUGGAUACAAGUACAUGCCACAGAUGGUCCUUUUGCAGCUGUUUGUGUCUAACAUGCCGUGUCUAGCAGCAGCUUAGCAGGUCCAGACACACAGAGCAGAAGGUAGAGGACGGCCGAGGCGCUUUUCUCAGAUGAUGCAUCGAAUGUAUGUGGUGAUGUUUGUCUGCACAUCUAAUGGGAGCAGCAGAGGGGAAGACAGGGAGGCGACCCAGCGCUCAGAAACCCUGAGGUUACAUGUUCUCACCGUCACUACAUCGUAUUCAGCUUGCAACCAAGACGGCGUGGCUUUAUUUCCACGCGUUUCAAAGUGAAAGGGGAACUUUCAGUCCGAUAAAUAAUCUGCUUGUCCACGGCAUGUGCUUGCUCAUCAUUUCCAGCAAUGUUUUAGGAGGCUAGUAGAUGAAAUAGAAUGCACAUAUUUGCCUGUGAGAGUAGAAGUCCUCUUUGUCUCCUGAUGUCUACGCUUGGAGAUGAAGCUUACAUUUGUAUCCACAGGGCAGUGCCACAGUUUUCUCUACAUCCCAUUUGAUUCUCUCAACCAAAAAAGAUCACAUACUCUCUAAUAUUCCAAUUUACAGAAGUAGACCGGCAUGAUAACCCUUAAACUAAUGUGUUGCAUUUUUCCUCUUUUUUUGGAUUCUCAUGAGACGAAGUGGUGUGUACAGUACAAAUGAAAUGAAAAAACUACUUGAUGAGUAAAUUGUCUCACGUUUUCUGUUGUAGUUCGUUAGAUGAGCAAUAUUCCUUUUGUACUUUUUGCUUUUGUGCAAAACCUUUUGCUCCCCUCUGUGCCAAACCCGCGCUGCAUGGACGGAGUUCUCCAGAGGAAGAGCAGAUCAUCAACGCGCGAAGAAGCGACAUUUGUUGAUGUUCUUUUUGGUUUCUUUUUAAACUUCUCCACCACUACUGAAAUGUCACCAGUGGUUGUUUAUUAGUCGUCGUGCAAAGCUUUGGACUUCUCCCAUUGAAAAGUCAGCACUUGAGGAAUUUGAUGGAGAGCAAAUUGAUCUUGAACAAGGCGAAGCCGUCCGUGUCAGUAAGCUCAAGAAGAUUGGUGACGUAUCGGAUCACAAUGACAGGACGGGUCUGAUUUCUCUCACUCGAUGGAAGGACUGUGGCUGACUGACAGGGUGUCACUCGGCCAGGCGACUCCCAUCCCUCCGGAGUGUCAUUCCACCAUUUCUCCUGCUGCUGGGUCUGCCUUCAAGGACCGUGUGCACACCUUUCUUUAGUCGACACGUUUGGUUGUUGUGCAUUUGUGAUUCUCUGCUGAAUGUACGCCAUCCUGAUGGGUUUUGGGGGGAUUCUUUUGCAUUUGAUAUUAAGUUUUGGAGGUAUUGAAAUGCUUGUUUUUAAAAUUGAGCUGUAUUACCAACUACUGUUAAUAAAGCCAGUGAUACAAAAGAA